GUCAAAGGGCAAACAUCUAGUCAUGAUGUUUACAAUACAACAACUCAAACCACCUACUGCUUUCCCCUCGUCUCCAUUAAAUUCAUGAGGUGCGACUUGAAACUGUGACAAACACGGAUGGUCGCCGCUGCAUUUUCUCCUGAUCAGAACCCACACUCACCCGUCGCUCACAGCGUCGCACGAUUUGUUGAAUGACAGUCUCGAACGAGAGCUUUGCUUCCUUGGACGGAUUGAUGGUGGAAACAUAGCUUAUGAAUUGAUGCACAUCAUAGGUUCCUCGAGAAAGGAUAUUCACAAACCUCAUCCUCACCCUGACUUGACGACACUCACGGGUCCAAUGGUCGAUUCGAAUCAAGUGCCUUAGGUCAUUGAACAACGGGGUACCUGCAUCACCACAUGCUGGUCCCCGGAUAGUCGUGUUCAUACGUUGUAUCUCCCGAAGGACUGUCAACCAUGGCCGAACCAUCAAGUUCCACAGCUUCGGACCUGCCGCUCCAACCUCUCCCGCCGCGGACAAACGACGACGACUCCAAGCCAGAGUCUACCCUGGAAACGCGAAGAGCAGGCCCCUCGCGCUCCAAUGCUCCGCAAUCAUCACCGACGCAAAGCGCCCAGAGUCCCCUCACCCACCUCAAAACCCGCAUUUCCUUCUUCCAGCCCAGCGGCGGCGGCGACGACCAUCACCGAGACACCCACUCGGACUCGGACUCGGACUCAGAAGACGAUCUCCUCAUCGACCCCAAUCUUCCGGUAGACUACUCGCAACGCCACCAGGCCCUUCCGCGACACUCCCUCUCGACCAUUGACGAAGGGGCCAAAGCGUCGUUCGACUCGGACCACAUCCCCCUGGUCGCGGCGGGCAGGGGACAGGGCGAGGAUGAAGAAGACGAAGACGAAGACAGCCAAACCGAAGUAGAGGACUCGCCCUACCCGGAAGUCCGCGCGGCCGUCCACCCGUACGACGACCCCUCCCUGCCUUGCAACACGCUGCGCGCCUGGACCAUCGGGCUGUCACUCAUUUUCCUCGGCGCGAGCAUGAACACUUUGUUCUCGCUGCGCUCGCCAAACAUCAGCUUGGGAGCGCUGAUCGCGCAGGUUAUUGCUUGGCCCCUAGGCAGGGGCUGGGCUCGCUUCGUCCCCGACAAGGAGGUGGUGCUGCCGUGGUUGGGAGCGAACAAGAAGGAGUGGGUGAGACUACGGCUGAACCCUGGCCCGUUCAACAUCAAGGAGCACGCCAUCAUUGUCGUCAUGGCGAGCGUCUCGUUCUCGGUGGCGUAUGCGACGGAUAUCAUUCUGGCGCAAAAGGUGUUUUACAAGCAGGACUUUGGUGUUGUGUGGCAGCUGUUUCUGGUCAUCUCGACGCAGAGUCUGGGGUAUGGAAUUGCCGGCAUGAUGAGGCGGUUUCUGGUGUAUCCCGCCUCGAUGAUAUGGCCCGGCAACCUGGUGUCAGUGACGCUCAUGAAUGCCAUGUAUGAGAGCAGCGAGGACAGGGAUCCGACAGUACUGGGCGGUUCGAUGCCCCGGUACAGGUGGUUCUCGCUUAUCACGGCUGGGGCUUUCGUAUACUACUUCAUUCCGGGCUUUCUCGCCCAGUUUUUAAGCUCCUUCGCCUUCAUGACGUGGCUGGCACCCGACAGCCCGGUCGUCAACCAGCUGUUCGGAUACACCACCGGACUCUCACUGCUGCCAAUCACCUUUGACUGGACCCAAAUAUCGGGCUUUGUGGGCUCGCCUCUGAUCCCGCCAUGGCACGCCAUUGCCAACACCAUGAUCGGCGUUGUUUUAUUCUUCGUGUUUCUCGCCUCUGUCCUCCACUACAGCGGAACCUGGCACUCCCUGUAUCUGCCCAUGAGCGACUCCAACACGUAUGACAACACGGGAAAGCAGUACGAUGUGUCCCGCAUCCUGUCCGCCGACUACACCCUGGACGUGGACGCCUACAACAGCUACUCGCCGCUUUUUCUAAGCACGACCUUUGCCAUCUCAUACGGCCUCUCCUUCGCUGCCAUCUCCUCCCUUAUCGUCUACACUUACCUGCACCACGGCAAGACCAUCUGGCGGCAGUACAAGAGCAGCACCACCGAGAAGCCGGAUAUCCACAUGAAGCUCAUGAGGCGGUACAAGGAGGCCCCGACCUGGUGGUACAUGUCACUCUUUGCUGUGAUGCUCGUUCUCGGCUUCGUGACGGUCCUGGCCUGGCCGACCAACCUGACCUGGUGGGCCUUCCUCCUGGCCGUCUUUAUCUCGUUUGCCUUUUCGUUGCCGAUCGGCAUCAUCCAGGCCGUUACGAACAACCAAAUUGGCCUGAACGUGCUCACAGAGUUUGUCUACGGGUACAUCCAGCCGGGCCGCCCGCUGGCCCUCAUGAUCUUCAAAACCUUUGGUUACAUCACCAUGUCCCAGGCCUUGACCUUCGUCUCGGACCUGAAAUUUGGCCACUACAUGAAGAUCCCCCCACGCACCAUGUUCAUGGCCCAGGUGGUAGCGACAACCUUUUCCUGCUUCGUGCAGGUCAUUGUCCUCAACUACGCGCUCCGAACCAUCCCCGGCGUGUGCGAGCCGACCCAACCAGACCACUUCACCUGCCCCGGCGGGCGUGUCUUCUUCUCCGCCUCGGUAAUAUGGGGCCUAAUCGGCCCCGCCCGCAUCUUCUCCCCAGGCCAAAUCUACUCAUCCCUCUUCCUCUUCUUCCUCCUCGGCGCCGCGGUCCCGCUCGUCAUCUACCUGCUCGCCAAGCGCCGACCCAAGUCUUUCUUGCGCUAUCUCAUGGCGCCCGUCAUCUUCGGCGGCGCCGGCGCCAUCCCGCCCGCCACGCCCCUCAAUUACCUGUCCUGGGGUAUUGUGGGGUGGGUGUUCCAGUACCUGGUCAAGAAGCGCCACUUUGGCUGGUGGCGGCGGCUGAACUUCCUGACAAGCUCCGGGUUGGAUCUGGGGUUGGCGCUGAGUACGUUGGUGAUUUUCUUUGGGUUUACGAUGCGCGAGGUGGAGCCGCCUAGGUGGUGGGGGAAUGAAGUUGUCAAGGGGACGUUGGAUUUCAAGGGCAAGGCGGUGCAGGUUGUGUUGGGCCCUGGCGAGACGUUUGGGCCGGCUACGUGGAGUAUAUGAAGUUUCGUCCAUGCCUUGGUAUUGGAUGGUGGCUUCCACUUGGCGGGUUUGGCAGGAUGGUUUUGAAGAGGUAUUAUGGAUGGGUUGGAUGAUAGUGGUAUUUUUCACGAUGGAUAGUUGUACCUACCUGUACCAACCUGUUACUAUCCGUUAUUUUGCUGCUACAUAUAACUACACGAGCCGCUCGUCAGACGGGGAUCAGAUCGGUCUGGUUCCACCCAUAGGCACAUCACAACCCUCCUCGAGUCUUGGGAAGCAGCCCG